GUAUUACCAGUUGUAGAAGUGAGCUCAUCAGUUUUUACUGAAGCAGCAGAGAAGAUGGCAGACCAUGAGAAAAUCCAGAGGCAGAGACAGAAGAGGAGGAGCCCGCACACUCAUUGCGUCAUGUGUUUGUCUUUGAAACACAUUUAUUGACCACUAGAGAAUCUUGCUCGGUUGUGUAAUUUGUGAGUGUGUUGAGGUGAACGCACAGGAGAAGCAGACCAACAGUUGACAGAGGAGGAGGAUAUUUUCACCCACUGAACCACAAUGUCUCAACCAGGACAGGAAGAAGGUGAACACAUGCAGCGUCCUGAAGUGAGUGAAGAGGAUCUGACUGAAACAAAGGGCAAACUGGGCACUGGUGGGCCACCAAAGAGCAAGACCUUUGAAGUCAUGGAGGAGUGUGAGAAAACGGGUAAAGUUGCUCCGUCUGUGUUCAGUCGAGCUAAGUCUGGAGCAGAGACCGCGCUCAACACACGCUCAGGUCGUCCAGUCAGAAAGUAGCAGACCUCUGGACCAUGACUGGACAACACUUUAAGGGUUUGGGUUUGGUUCCAGCUGAAUAUCCAUCCAUUUAAAAAAAGAAAUCAGCAUAAAAAGCCACCUUCUUACUUUUUUUGUGCCGUUGUCCUGUUCAUCCAAGUUCUGCUUGUGUUUUUGCACUAAGUUUAAUUGUAGCACGUAGUUGCAUUUAUAGUAUUAUAGUGAACAGAUAUACAGGUUCCCAAUACAUUUUUAUUUACAUAAAUGGUAUCUCAAAUCGAUAAUUUGGUUAAUUUAGUCUCUGUUGUGGUUUCCUCUCACUGGCAUUUAUCUACUGUUCAAUGAUGCAAGUUAAUGACUUGAUUUCUUGAUUUAAGUCAUGAGGUCUUUUAUUUGAAUAAUCAUGACUCAUUCACUUGUUAAAAUACAUGUAAAUGCUCAUUACAACUAAUGACCAUCUGCGUGACUUGAUUCCAUUAAGCGGUUAAUUUAGACAGAUUAUAGUCCACUCAGUCCUUCUUAACCGUUUAUUUGCCUGUUAAAGUUAGUGUAUAAGAAUUGGUGACAUCUAAUGGUGAAACAACGGGACUUCUCUGCUCAGCCCUUUCUUUGUCAUAGUGGCCUGAGCAGCUUCAAAGAGAGCUUUGAGUCAUCCAUUAGCUGAUGAGGUUCACAUAGAUCCAGAUGUUUAAAAGUGUUAUUCAGUCGUUGUCAUGUUAGAUAGCCAGCAGUUCUUUUUAUUUAUGUUAGAAGCUUCUGCUUCAAAGUAAUAAAACUGUAGAAACAUGGUAACACGAGGUGACACCCUCAAUAAAGCAAGGCCUGUGAUUA